AGGAAACCAGUAGUCUUUUUGAAACUAAGCAGUGUGACUGACACUGGACGAAAAAUCAUUGCAAACAGAGAGAGAGAAGAGAAAGGGAAGAGAGAAAUCAGUUUGCAUCUGCGACAUGGAAGUGACUAGACUGUGGACAGACUGGCUGUCCCGCGCGGAGGAUCUUGGCGACGAGGUCGUUCGUCGGAGUCGCCCCGUGCUGCCCACAGUGGCGCGCCUCUGUCUGGUGGCCACCUUCUUCGAGGACGCCCUGCGCAUGUGGUGCCAGUGGGCGGACCAGAUGUCCUUCCUCCAGCUCCACCUGAAGUUCUCCUGGGGCGUGGCCCUGCUGAGUUGCCAGGUCAAUCUGUUGGGUCAGCUUGUGGGCUGUGGCCUGGUCCUGUUCCGAGUGUGGACCAAUGUGGCCGUAACACUGCUCGUUGGCCUGGUCCUCUUCCAGCUGCACGUCUAUUCCGUGCCGCUGCAACUGGAGCAGCUGCUGCGAAACUUCUCCCUGCUUGGAGGACUGCUCCUGCUGCUUGUGGAGGCCAACGAAGAGGCCUCUGGCUGUCGGAUCUACGGAGCGCGCGCAGGUCUUCCGCUGCUGGAGGAACCCAGGCGAUCGCAGCACCUGAUGCAGCUCACGGGCAGGAUCCUGCUGGCCCUCAUGUAUCUGACAGUGCUCCAGCAGUACUUUGGCUUCGCCGCUGCGGUCCUCAAUAGCUUUGGCCUGCUCCUGAUGACCCUCAUCCUGCUGGGCUACCGCACCAAGCCGGCUGCCCUUCUGCUGGCCAUCAUCCUGAGCAUUUGGAAUGUGAGCGUCAAUUCCUGGUGGUUCGCGGAGGGGAUGGAGCGGGACUAUCUCAAGUACAACUGCUUCCACACCCUGUCCGUGGUGGGGGGUCUGCUGAUGGUCGUGGUCCUGGGUCCCGGCGAGGUCUCCCUCGAGCAGUACAAGAAGCACUGGUGAUCGGUCACCUGGUGCCCCCCCCCCCCCCGGAGGGAGUCGCCUAACGAACUAAAAUUUUGUGUAUUGUGUCUGACGACUGCGUUCUUCGAAAUUUGGAAUCCAAUUUGUUCAAUUAGAGCUUUUCAGUUGGACGAGAUUAAAGAGUCCUCCCUCACAGCGGGAGUGCUGUCCCUAGUCCUUAUCCUGAUCCAA